AUGACACUACCUUUUGUUGAGGUGUCGCACCUGGCAUCGUCGUCGUCCUUCUACUCGGCCAUCCUCGCAACCCUUGGUCUUCGCUUCCUGGCUGCCGACCGCGAACAGACUUCGUCGAUUGGAACCAUCACCUACGGAAUCCCGGGCGGAAAUGCCAAGUCUGGAAGCAAACAGCGCAAAGCCCUAACCGACGGACGUGGUGACGAACAACAGGGCGGCCAGCCAGUGCUGCAGAUCCGCGAGGUUACCCAUCCUUUUGAGCCUGUCAAGCUCUCGACAUUGGUCCUCGCCGCCCCGUCCCCGGCUGCAGUAGUCGAAUUCCACGACGCUGCUCUCACCGCAGAACCGUGGCUGUACAUCGAAAACAAUGAUGACCGAGCCUAUCCCGGCGGUCACAGCCUGAAGCCUCGCUUGGGCCUCGACGGCGGUGAGACCCCAACGCGAGCAACUGUUCGCGACCUUGACGGCAACACCAUCCAGGUCGUCUACAUGCAACCCAUGUCCCCUCGCGACCACUUUGGCCGUGUUCUCGAAUGGACCUACAACGGAUCCACACAUUACUCUCAUUCGCAAAGCACCUAUACUCAUUCGAAAAGUACCUAUACUCGAACUCGCUCCAAGUCCCAUUCCCAUGCCAUCACGGAGGCCCGUUCCUCAUCUUCUAUCUCUAACAAUCAAUCGCCCUUUCAGCCUCGCCAGUCACCCUCCAAACACGGCCCCAACACUGUUACCGCUGCCGAGAUGACUCAACGAGCUGCUGACCGAGACGAGACGGAGCCUGUGUCAGUUUCCCCUCGUCAGAGCUCCAACAACAACGGCCUUAGCACCACUACUGUUGUCGGUGCCCUCCUGGGCGUCGCUGCAGGUGCAGCCCUUACUUACGGCUUUGUGAGCAACGCGGCCAAGGAACGAGAACGCAAACCCCGACAGGAUUUCGAGCCUCCCAAUCUGCCACGCCGUUCUACCUUUCCCGAAAAGGCACCAUCGGUUCACAAAAUGCACCAGGAAGAACGCCGAACGGUAUACGGCGAUUACCCUCCAAGGACGUCUCUUCGUGGCGGCGAGUACCCUCAAAAGGCCCUCCCAUCCCGGGCAGCCAGCGCCUACGAGGGCAUGCCAUACCCAGACGGAUACCCUUUCCGGCAACCCAGGUAUAAAGAAGACUAUGCACCCCGAAAGAUGUCUCAUCCGGAUGAUUAUCCACCAAGGAGGCUUGGUUACAUCGAAGACGAGAGCAGCGAGGAGUCUGAAGACGAGCGGCCCCCUCCUGUGCAGUAUCUGACAGAAUAUCCUCAUGAAGAAAACCCCUGGGCCGAGCCUUCCCGCGCCAGGAGCAGGAGCAGAGCCCGAAGUGUCGCCAAGAGUACCGCCAGGAGUGUCGCCGCAAAGAGCACUGCUGCGAAGAGCACUACCGCAAAGAGCACCGCCAGGAGUGUUGCUCAUUCUCGGGCCCGGUCCCCAAGCCGGGCUCCAGAUGAGGAGGAAUACGAGACGCGCAGCCGACACCCAUCGAGGCGUCCCUCAGUUGAAGAGGUUGACGAGGUUUAUGAGAGUCGCACUCGUCGUUCAUCCAGAGCUCCCCAUGACGAUGGAUUUGAUAGACGGAGUCGACGUGCGUCACGACCUCCCCCCGAUGAUGGCUUUGACACUCGAAGCCGACGUUCAUCACGACCUCCCCCCGACGAUGGUUUUGAGACACGAACUCGUCGGUCCUCGAGACCCCCUGUGACAGAAAAGGCGCGGAGCGUCCGUAGCCGCAGCGAAGCGCCUACCAGCCGCAAGUCGGUCGUGCUGGCUGAUGAUCACCGCAGCCAUGCGGGGUCUCGUCACAGCGGCGUGCCCAAGUCGUCGCACUCACGCUCCCGUCGAGCAACGUAUGACGACGAGCGCAGCUAUGUCUCUGCCCGGUCACGUCCAUCCUCACGAGCGCCUCGACGAGGUCAUCGACCCGAGGUCGAGACGGAGAUUCCCGAGGCACCCGAAGUGCCUGAGGCGCCUGAAGUGCCACGACCUUUCGACCGGCCCAUGCCACGAGCUCCUGACUACACGACCACUAGAGUUCCCGACCCUUACCAAGUACCACGAGGUCGUAUUAUUCAUGAACAUUCACGAUAUCCUCUCGCUGAUGAGGCACCACGAGCUCACAAGGUUUACGAAGUUCCUGAAGUUCCUGAGGUCCCUGAGGUCCCCGAGAUCCCCGAGAUUCCUGAGAUCCCAGAUAUCAUGCCGAGGAGUCGGGCAGCCAGCAAAUACGGUGUGCCCCGGAUGGCCACGGGGCGCGAAUACCCUAAUACGGGCUAUUCAAGCAAGGCCCAGAGCUACAUGUCCGCCAAGGACAUUGCUCUCCCCAUGAGCGGCGUGGGCAGCAGCCAUGCAGCAUGGGAAGAUGACGUCGUCAGCGUUGCUCCGAGUGACAGCAUCAGCUGCAUCGGAAGCAAGAUGAGCCGACGCCGCAAAGUACGAUAA